AGACGCUCGGCUCGUGCCAUCGCUAACACCUCGCUCAGAGCUUGGCUGGGAAUCAAAAUUGUCUAUGACGUGUCUGAAGCAUUACGUGCGUGGAGCUAUGAGGGAGGCGCCGAAUCGUCGGGAAAGUGGCAAUACAAUGUGCGUUUUGGCUUGGGCAGCGAUUGGAAAGAGUCAUGAUCGCCAAGCGAGAGUGUGAGGCAUCGAACACGAACACAGAGAGAUGGCGCGGAGCUUGGACCUGAUGAGCGAGAAGAGAGUUUGCAGGGAGACCGAGGAAGGGAUAAGGCUCGUUUGAGGAUCAUGACGGAAGAAGCUGAGAACUUUCUUUUGGCACGAGCCCACAGCAAACACGAACUUCGACACGGAAAACGCGUGAAGCGGCCGCGGGUGACAAAACUUCUAAGAGCGGCCAAUUUGAUAAGUCUUUGGAGCUUUGCGAGAAUGACCGACGCUGUCGUGCAGAUUGACGUUCGCGACGAGUAGUAGGCGCAUACCAAGGUGCGGAGUUUCUGAGCAAAGGUUCAGAAGUCUGCCGUCCUCCGCGGCGUACUAUUGAUUGGCCGCGUUCUU